AUGGCAGAAGCGGACUGUUCCCCAUACGGAGCUAAAAGGGAUGACCGAGCUUUGGUGGUAAGUGGACUUAAACGCACAGUAUCUACUGCGUCCCGAAAUGCCCUGUAUGCGGCUGCGGGACGACUCGCCUUUGGUGUGGUAACCGGUUUAUUGAAGAGCGGCCUGCGGACCGGCGUACACAAAGUAUUUUUAAGAGAGGUUCUAUCCGCUGAUCCUCUCAAAUGGGCAUUCCUUUCGGCGGGACUAUCUUGUUUUCGACUUUUGAAGCACAUUGCAUCGAAACUAUGUUCCCAUUUGUCGAUACCCGAGAAAUUCUCCUAUGUAGUCGCGGGCUUUAUAUCUGUUCUACCAGUUAUGGUAAUGGAGAGAGGAACAAGGGUCGAACUUUGUCUCCAUGUUCUCGUCCGGGCUCUUCAGGUAGUAGGGACAAGCUGUGUUUUGCCUCUGUUUCCUAAGGUGUUCAGAGAUUUCGAGCACUAUGAUAUUGUAGUAAUGUGCCUUAGCGCGUCGCAAAUACUUUACGGGUUCGUGUUUGCACCAUACACAAUGCCACCUUCAUACCUGAGCUUUCUGUCUAAAACAUCAAUGCUCGACGAGCGCGUGGUUCGGAGUUAUGCGGGGCUUACACGACACCAAAUUUCACCUGAACUUGUUGAGUUGUGCGUCGAAAGGGGACGCAGGCUUCCUCAUGACCCCAGCGAACACCUUAGUGUCUGUUGUUCCUACGCCCACGAGGGUUUGACAUGCAAUCAAUUUUGUUUUAUGCUCUUCUGUAAAAAUAUGGUUCAAGUCGGUCUACCAUUGUAUCUACCACUAAAGGUGGCCACUAUCGUCGUCCAGUACAAAAAGUUGAUACGCAAACCAUUGCAGUCACUGUGCCGGGCUGCUCGGUCGGUGUUUUUCAGUACAUUGUUCUUGGCUCUGUAUUCGGUUUGCAGCACCAGGUACGCUUGCCUUGCAGCGCAGAGGAACAUACGUGGUGGUCUUUUGUUUGCAAUUGCUAGCUCACUUGCGGGGAUAAGUACGCUUAUUGAGCCUAAAGGGAGGCGAGCAGAUUUGGCGUUUUACUGUCUCAUAUAUGCCAUCCGAUCGUUUGUUUUGACUCAAUGUCAAUUUGGGAGGCUACCGUAUCCACGUCAAAGCUCCAUAUUCAUGUUGUACCUUUUCUCCGUUGUGCUUCUAAUUUUUCAGUACGACUAUGAUCCUGACAAACUUGAUCAUCGGUCUCGAUAUGUCAUAUCGAGGAUUGCUGGCGGAGAGAUCUUAACACCCACUGAACAGUAUGAAUGA